ACAUUCAAGAUCAAACGUAUCUAAUAGUUUUUUCUUUUUGGAGUUAAGGGUCUCUAUCAAUAUUUCUUUGGAUUUCAGUCCCCAUACUCCCUGUUCAUGUUGCUGCUGCUGUUUUUUGAUUUUCCUAUGCAGAGGAGGUUUAAGAAAUAGCCAGAAUUGGCUGCAAUUCAAAAUUAUCCAAUUAUUGACUUGAGUUUUUUCCUUUUUCCUUUUACCUUUCAGAGUUUUACAUGUGAAAGGUAAGGUUUUGGGUUCUUGGCUAAGUGCUGAUUCAUUUGCUACAGUGGUAAAAUUUUCUUUUGUCAGUUUAUUCAUAGACGUUCAAAGAGAUUUAGUCAUCUGGGUAUUGCUUACAACUUGUUUGAUGAUAUGGGUAUUUGGAUUUGGAGUGAUUUGGUGACGAGGGGUGUGUAGAUUUUAGCUUGAAAAUCUAUUAUGCGAGCAGGGCUUUAGUCAGAAACUUGCUCGGUGAUCUGGGUUUAGCUGAAAAACCAGAAGAGUGAUUAGGUUUUUGCUCUGACUUAGCUGGUGAAGGUGGUUGGAAUUCAGAGAGGUUUCUGUCUUCUGAAGAAUGAGCGUUUGGUGAUAUCAAGCUUUUUUUAGUAAAGUUUGGUGAGUUUUGAAUGUCUAUUAUAUUGGAAAUUUGAUCACCGAGUUCUUUUGGAAAUUUUGUUUUUGCACUGGAAUUAAUCAAGACCCGAAAUUUUGGUAUGUGAAUUUUACGACUUAGAAGUCUAAAGUUAGAAACUUGGAAUGGCGACUGCAUCUCCACCCCCAAAUUCAUCCAGUUCUGCUGUUCCUCCUGUUUCAACUACUCCACCACCAGCAUCUACCUCUAGUUCACCACCACCGCAAUUAUCCUCUCCUCCACCGGACACUGUUCCUGCGACUUCUCCACCCACACAGCCCAAUGCCAAUCCAGGGGACCCUCCCACCCCUUCAGCUCCAUCAGAACCUCCACCAUCUCCUUCUCCUCCUUUUGUUGCAACUCCGCCUUCUACACCAUCAACCACACCGCCUCCAACUUCACGUUCUACGCCAUCAACUUCAGCACCUCAAACUUCACCUUCUACACCAUCAACUUCACCACCUCCAACUACACCUUCUUCUCCACCUCCUACACCGUCAACCUCACCGCCUCGAACUUCACCUUCUCCACCUUCAUCCAAUGCUGAUCCUCCAACCUCCAAUUCUCCACCACCGCCAUCACAAUCAGCAAGUCCACCCACAAGUUCAUCCCCUCCCACACCUCCAUCUAAUCCCCCAACUUCUUCACCCCCACCAUCCAAUCCACCUGCAAGUUCUCCGCCACCACCAUCACCACCACCAUCAGCAAAUUCACCUCCACCUCCACCGGCACCAAAUCCUCCUCUCUCACCACCGCCACCAUCAAAACCACCUGAAAAUUCACCGCCACCAACAGUAUCUGUGCCACCUCCCAAAAGUUCACCUCCACCUGCCAAUUCGACUCCUCCACCAGCUUCAACCCCUCCCAAAAGUUCACCGCCUCCAUCAGCAUCAACACCACCUACAGAUUCACCUCCUUCACCAGCAUCGAUAGCUCCCACUCCCAGUAAUGCACCCCCACCUCCUAGGCAAACUCCAAUCCCACCACCUUCACCAUCAAAUUCUACUAAAGCAUCACCCCCAUCACCAGUGAAGAGAUUAAGUCCACCUCCUCCCUCAUUCAAUUCACCACCAUCUUCUUCUACCCCCUCAUCUGUUCCUAGUGCACCAGAUAAUUCAAAACCAACAGGUAGAGGAGGCAUCGAUACUGGAGGUGUAGUUGCUAUUGGUUUAGCAGUAGGUAUCAUAAUGCUCAGCCUUGUUGGGUUGGCUGUCUGGUGCUUGAGGAAGCGGAGGAGAGAGGCACUUGGACUCAAUGGCGGGUAUGUUAUGCCAUCUCCUCUGGGCUCUUCCCCAAGAUCAGAUUCAAAUUUCACGAAGACACAAUCUACAGCUCCCCUGAUUGGAAGUGGUUCUAGUAAUGAUUGUUUUGUUUAUUCACCAAGUGAGCCUGGUGGAUUAGGAAAUUCAAGGUCAUGGUUUGCAUAUGAAGAACUACUCAAGGCCACAAAUGGAUUUUCAUCCCUAAAUCUUUUGGGGGAGGGUGGAUUUGGUUCUGUGUACAAAGGCUGCCUACCUGAUGGGAGGGAGGUGGCAGUAAAACAGCUUAAAGUUGGUGGAGGACAAGGUGAACGAGAAUUUAAGGCGGAAGUUGAGAUUAUUAGUCGAAUACACCAUCGCCAUUUGGUUUCACUUGUGGGUUACUGCAUCUCUGAGAACCGAAGGCUACUUGUAUAUGACUACGUACCUAACAAUACCCUUCAUUUCCAUCUUCAUGGGGAAGGUAGGCCAGUUUUGGAUUGGGCAAAGCGUGUUAAGAUUGCUGUUGGUGCAGCUCGUGGAAUAGCUUAUCUCCAUGAAGACUGUCAUCCUCGGGUUAUACACAGGGAUAUUAAGUCAUCAAACAUUCUUUUGGAUAACAAUUUUGAAGCUAAGGUUUCAGACUUUGGGCUUGCAAAAUUAGCUCUUGAUGCAAAUACGCAUGUGACCACACGUGUUAUGGGGACUUUCGGAUACAUGGCCCCUGAAUAUGCAUCAAGCGGCAAAUUAACUGAGAAAUCUGAUGUAUUUUCAUAUGGAGUUGUCCUUCUGGAGUUAAUCACUGGACGGAAGCCUGUGGAUGCAUCCCAACCCUUGGGAGAUGAGAGUCUUGUUGAAUGGGCUCGGCCUUUGCUUGGUCAUGCAAUAGCCAAUGAAGAAUUUGACGGUUUAGUUGAUCCGAGGCUUGAAAGGAACUAUGAUGAAAGUGAAAUGUUCAGAAUGAUUGAGGCUGCAGCAGCCUGUGUGCGGCAUUUGGCUGCCAAGAGGCCAAAGAUGGGACAGGUUGUUAGAGCAUUCGAUAGUUUAGCUACUGCAGAUCUAAGCAACGGAAUGAGAGUUGGGGAAAGUGAGGUAUUCAACUCAGCAGAACAGUCUGCAGAAAUUAGAUUAUUUCGAAGGAUGGCAUUUGGUAGUCAAAAUUACAGUACAGAUUUUUUUACCCAAGGCAGUGUAGAUAGUUAGGUGGACAUGGUGAAUAUUAGUAGAGAUACAGUGGGUUUUGUCCAGUUGAGAUGGUAUGGGGACUGGAUGUAAACCCUUAUUACUAGUAAUUAGGUUACUUUAGCUUUUGCAUACAAAAAAUGCUGUGAUUCUUUUUUCUUGUAAUUAGCUAAUGUUAAAUUUUUUUUUUUCCUACGAAUAGUUAGUAAGAUGAUGAUUCAAUUUUGUUUCUUUCUUCUAC